AACAAGCCCCUCUAAUAGUAGGAGAUAACAAACAUGAUUUAGAUUACACUUUCUAUCUACUAUUUUUCUUUUUUAUGAUUUUUUUUUUCAAAACCGUUAUAAUUAUGUAAAUUGUAUCAAUGUACAAAUCCCAUUUAGAAAGUUCAGUAAUGAAAUAAGAUUGAUUGUUGUGUACAAGGUGCAACUGUCAUGGCUCAACUUUUUAGCCGCCUCAAAGCCAAGUUGAAGGAACUAUACUAUGAUAGUCCUUUGCCAAAUUUAAUAAAAAAACUAGAGCCGAAAACACUACCCGACACCAAGCUUACAUUAUGUAAACGAACUUUUCCAAAUAAUGAUCUCAAUGAUCUCAAUCUACCUGACGACUUUCGGGACAUAAAACUGGAAAAGACCAAUGUCGUAUACCACUUAAAGCUGAAGAAUAUUGCGCCUUACCAAUGGAUGCAGGUGGGAACAAAACUACUGAACAUGGCUUACGAAGACCCUGACUACGACAAAGAUCCUGAGGACGAUGGAUUGUACAUGGACCCUCUUCCUCCACCUCCUGAACCUACAGAGUACAUAAAGAGCCUGAAGGGGCCUUUGAUAUCUCUUCACCUCAAGAACCUGGCAUGGCCAGCGUUGGAAGAGAUCGGAGAGAUGUUCUAUGACCUGGGCUGGAUCCAUCGUAAGGAAUACGACCCGGACGAUUACGACGCCCUUCCUGACAUGUGGGACAGAUUUGAUCAGUUUCCAGAGAGUGAUGCAGAAGAAAUGGAGGAAGGCAUUUUUAAUCCACUUCAGCGUGUGAAUGAAGAGAUGACGGAAGUCAAGAGACUGACCAAUUCUGACGUUCUCCCCGGGAUACCUAAGAUUCCAUGGAAGGAUGAUGCAGAGACAUGGCUGGAUAGCCCUCACCAGGAUAGUCCUCCCUGGAACGACGUUCCGGAAGAAGACUUUAAAUCCCCUGGGAAAAUAUAUCCUCUUCAAUCAACUGCUUUACAUCCCCAAAGCAGUGAAGUUUAUACUUUAUGAAAAGUAUUUCAAUGCAUUACUAGAUUUUUGGUAUUUAUGAGAUUCAUUUAUUAAUAAAAUUGCUGCCUUCAGGACUAAUCUAUGUAAGAUAUAUUCUAAAUUAGAACUGUAUAACUGAGGCAUUUAAGAAAAUAAGUUAGCUUGCUGGUAUUUCCGCUUGUAUAGUCUACAGUAUAGGUUUUACUCAUAAACCCCUAGAGUGUCUAUGAAAAUGUAAAAGUAUGUUUAUGCUCUCGACUCAAAUGUUAUAAAAGAAUGUUUAAUAAAAUGCAAAGCCUUUAA